AUGAUAAAGGAGCUUAGAUUAUGGCAAGGUGUUUAUCAUGGUAUGUAUGGCACUGACACACAUUACGAAAAAGUAUUACAAGCCUUGCAUCUUGCACCAAAUGAGUUUGCAACGGAGGAGGAGUGGUUAUGCGUGCCGGAUAUGGGCCACAUUGUUGCUACGAUGUACCAGGUUGUGUUCGUGACCUUGUCGAAUCGGGGGGGCGCCACCUACUUCCCUCUCACCGGUCCAGUGCUACAUCUGUCAGAGCACAAGAUUUUAUGUUUACUUCUUGUCAACAACAACAACCAUUGGGUGAAGGUGCUUAUUUCAAGUGGUUUUUCUUUGCCAACGGUUAAUCCACAAUGGAUGUAUUAUUGUACUGUUGAAGCUCGUGGUUGGCAACUACCAUACCUGGAUCGCAUGGCCCUAUUCAACAAACUCUCUCGAGAGGCAAAUAUUAUAAUAUUAGUUUUUGUUGAAGUUUCUGUUUCUGUUGUGUUAAAGUUUCUGUUGAAGUUUCUGUUUCUGUUUGUUUAUGUCAAGUUUCUACAUAAUCUCGCACUUUAG